AAACGGCAACGAGUACGGAUCGCGAAAGCAAAAACGGAAACCAAACCGACGACCGCGGGCAGGCCUAAUUUUCAAAGCAACUUUUUCUCGCAAGUGAAAAGAUACCGACCAACUGGAUUCCGGUUUUCGAUUUUUUCUUCCAUCGAUAGCGAUCGCUCGGAUAUUGCAAAAGGUUAUUUUUUCCAUCCAAGUCGGAGUGUGUAGAGUGCAUAGCCGACUACGAUUGUCGUAAGAAAAAUUGUGUGACUGGCGGAAAAUUUUGCCGUACGCUGAGUAUCGAUUUUUCGAGUAUUGGUGUGUGCCGAGAAAAACAUCGUUGGAUACCUACGUGAAAAAACGCUCGUGGUUACGGUUUUGUUGAAGCCGAACAAGUUUGUGUACAUCGAAAAAAUCGAUAGCUUUAAUUGAAUUUUACUAAACGUUUAUCGGAGGAAAGUGAAGUAAAGAAACAUUCGAGAAAGAUGGCUUUCAUGAUGCCAGUGAUGAAGAAUGAGUUCGACAUAUACAAGGGUCGUCAGCGGCGUGUCUCUGAAUGUUCCAAUCAGAGUGCGUGCCGCUCCCGGAAAGUGUCAGAAAGUUCUAGAUCAGACUGUCCCAGUUUGUCGACGUCGCCUGGAAAUGAAUUUGCUGCUGGAUCGCCGGCUCGUCAUCGCAGCCACCCGAUGUAUAUGUCUCAUUUGGCGCGGCCACAAUAUUCCCGGACCUCGUCCCGCAAUUCACAGAGUUCGCUGAUUACAAGUCCGACGAAGGCCAGCACCGGAAGCAGUCCACCGAAGCCGGCUUCCUCCGGAAGUCAAAGCAGUUUGAACAAGUUCCACAUCCGAUUGGUCGACAAGUUGCGAAAAUCGUUGCGGAAGAGCAAGUCUUCCGACGGACGGUCAUGAGAAGGCACAUCGAAAACCAGUAGUCAACCUCCGGACCCCGAUACGGAUCUACAGGAUGACGAGGAGGAACAGGGCGACGAAGAUGGGGAUGGGGAGCUAGUGCUGUCGGACAGUGUGUUGCACAUCACUUCCAAACCACCGCUCCCGCACCGUGCCAGCGUUCCGCACCGGCACAGUGGGAGGGCUCGAACCAGGCGUGGCACUCUCAGCGCCCCGAGGUAACUUUUUGGCCCUUCGGGAUGUCAGUCGAGUGGCGGCACACAGUCAUUCACAGUGUACGGCAGCGGUGUAGAUCUUAUCGGGUAUUGUUAACUCUGUAAGUUUUAUCUAAAUGACCAAUAACCAUCAGCAAAACCAUCAUCCAGGAAAAACGGGUGCCAUUUAACAACAACAACUAUGUAUUAAUAAACUUUGAACGGAAAUGGUGGGAGCGAAACCGGUGGAUAUACGUUUUGUUUACCCCAUUGAGAGGAUGCACAAUGUUUCAUUUUGGAAUUGUCUGGUUUCGUCAAAUAUAAGUUUUUUUUUUUCGAUAACUGAAUGUAGCUUAGGAAGCAGCAGUUAGGGAAGUUUGUUAACUUAGGUUCUAGCUCAUGCAAAAUUACAACGAAUAACCGGUCAAUAAUCAUAAGAAAAAUUUUACUUUCCGUUAAGUAGAAAAUUAUUUGUGGAGCCAAACACACACUGGAGAAAUGUACAUUCAUAUCUGUAGAUAGAAAUAUCCAUCACUGAUUCGCUUAGUUGCUCAAAUCUAACCGAUACAUCGCGCUUAUAGUUGUAUUUUAUGUUGCGAUUGGCAAUAUUGAAUGCAGGAAAGUUGGCAGAAAUAAAAACUGGUAGCUUACGUAACCGCUUCUGCUGGGUCACAAACCGAAAUCCGGUUUGGACUGUGCCGAAUCACGCUGCAUAGUGGACGAAAAUUCUAAAAACCACAGUGAAAAACGCAAAACACAACGGGAUAUACAAUACUUAAAUUGAUCUAAUCCAAAUCUGUGAUAUGUGCUAAAUAUACAUAGAUUUAAAUUAGAUGUUCAGAAGGCAAAUUGGAAACAAAGGGUACACUAUAUAUACAAUUCUACUCAAUCGACCUGAUUUAAAAGGGAUUUGAUAUUAAAAACCGUACACCAAUAUCGAAUAAACGGAAAAAUGUCUUAUUACAAAUCAGAAAAAAAUAAUCAACCUUAUGAGAGAUCUGGAAACGUCCUGUGCUGUGUAUUGAUGUUUUGUGUGUGUCUCAUUGAACGAAACUCAUUGGCAGAAACGCGGUUUUGAACUGGCGAAAGACAAUAGAUCGAAACGAUGAGCAAAACACCAUCUCUAUAUUCAUACUUAUAUUGGCUAAGCGCGUUUGUUUAACUGUGAUUGAAAUGAAGCUGAAAAAUAAAUAAAUCAGAGACCAAACCAUUGCAACGCAUUUGGAUUUGCAUUCAAACUUCAAAUUAUGGAGGAAAGUCUAAGAAACAUAAUCACACAAUAGUUUAAAGAUGGAUAUUAUUACCGUAUCUAAAAUUCCGUUUCAACACACGCUUGAGAAAAAUAUUUACUUACAAAAAUGAUAUUCUAUUGGAAAAACGCAGUGUUGCACCAACUUUUGCAAUCUGGAUGUUAAGCUUUGCUCUUUCUUCUACUGAGCUAAAUAAAAUUACCCCUCUCGGUCGACAUUGAUCAGAAUCUACAUUAUCAUGUUAAAAAAAUUAAUAUAAGCUAGAAAGAAAAAAAACCGUUGAGAUUGAGCUUUAUUUCGAUUGAUUGAAGACUGCUGCUUAGAAUGUUAGGUCACCCGUUUUAGUUAACUAUUACAUCAUCAUGUACAGCUGUAAGACUAUUCAAAAGAGUUACUAUACAUUUUGUAAUCUGUAAGAUCAUUUACGCAUAGUCGCUAUUGUAAUUAUUGUCAUUGUAUACAAAUGUACAAUGUAUGUUUCUUGUCCCACAUUUGGGUAACCUUUUUUUUUUGGUUUCAAAUAUUAUGAAAACAAAAUUGUUUAUGUGUCUUCUAUUGGUCAGCUUACACUGUUUUCGAGUGAUAGCAGUUGAUUGUAAUUUUUUAGAAAAUUCCUAUCUCCGCGCCAUUCGGUUUUUGCAAAGCUUCCCCCGGAAAGAGAAACAUUCCAUUCAGUUGACUCUAAAACAUUAGAAUUUUUAUUUUUGGUGAAAAACUACUUACCAACACUUUUAUUGGAAACUGUUUAAAUCUGUUGAUCGGAGAGAGAACGUUUCAAAACAAAAAAAAAAAAAAAUAUUUUGAAGAUCAGUUAUAACUUGUUUAAAAAACAACAACAACAAAUGCGGGCACGAUUGUGUAUGUAUUGUUUAGGCGAUCGGAUAGGAAAACAAUAUUGUUUCUUGUUUUUAUUAGUCGGUAAGCAGAAUAUUUUAUAUACAAUAUCUAUUAUAAAAAUAACAAAUAAUAACACCCAUGAAAAAACCUUAAACAAUAUCAAUACUAAUAAAUAUCAAUAAACGAUUAUUAAGUCAUAUCA